AUGCAUAUCAUUUCACUCAUUCAAAUUUUUAUCACUUCCUCUUUGGUUGCCCUUGCGGCAGCUGACUGCUGCUGGGGUGACCACUGGGCCGACACAAAUUGGUUGUGGCUCAAAUGGGACGAAGCCGCAGGAGUUGUCCGAUGCGGAAUUGAGGGCAACUUGCAACCCGGAACCAAAUGCAGCAGCGUAACCUACAAAGACGACAACGGCAACACCAACGGACUAGUCAACGUCACCUUCGGCAGUGACCCUCAGCCAUUUAAGUUCCGCAUCGGCAUUCAACCAGGCAGCUGCGACCUUCUGCCAAACGAAAAGGUUAUCUCUGGUUGGGAGGGUUGGGGAGCAUACAUGUGGGAGGGUCAUGAGUUUAACGCGCAGAGGAUGGAAGCCUGCACUCAGGCGAAUUCUGCUUAA